AGCCAUCUGUCGUCUAACCUUUGAAUACAGAUGCGCUAUUGAAUGUGAUUUAAAUUAAAGUGUAGAGAUUGCAAAUGAACAAUCUGUUGCUGUAGGUGUAACUGCAGUGCGAGCGCAAACAAAAGCCCGUCGAGGAUGUGCGCAAAACGUCUAACUCCGCCAUACCACCUUAAAUAAGCGCCGCUCAUCGGCGCAGAGCGUAGCGGAUGGUUCUCUUCGCAAGUAGUCCACCUUAAGCGCACAUAGUGGGUAAACGCAGGCGUAGAGCGAGGCUUCCGCUUCAUUCCCAGCCGGGCUCAGAGCGGAUCACUUCGGAGACAAGAGAGAGAAGCGCUCGGCCGAACCAGUGCGCAAUCAUGUCGGAACCAAAAUACCAAGAGUGGAUCCUAGAGACCAUCGACUCUCUGCGCUCGAGAAAAGCGAGACCGGACCUGGAGAGGAUUUGCCGGAUGGUUCGAAGAAGACACGGGUCAGACCCGGACCAGACCAGGGCUGAACUAGAAAAACUGAUCCAGGAGCAAACUGUGCUGAAAGUUAGCUACAAGGGGUCCAUUUCGUACAGGAACGCAGCUAAAGUGCAAAGAAAAUGCAGAAAGAGACCCGAGCAAACCACCGACAGCAGCAGCGGCAGCGGCGAGUCAGUGGCAGAACAAACCAAACACGCCGCGUUCACAAACACCGGCGACAGCGCGCUCAGCCUCACGGACCAGGAGGAGGAGGAGAGCGGAGACAAGGAGCCCGAGGAGCCGCGGGUGAGCCCCAGUCCUGACCCGCCGCUUCAAUCCUCGCCCUCCACUCUCGAAAAGGAAGACAAGAUUUUACCACUACAUAGCGGAAACAGUUUGGUUAGUUGUGGCGCAACGGGCUGCUCUGCCGGGAGCGAGAAAGCAAGUGCAUCGAAAGAGCGGAGAUCAGUGUCCGCGGCGGGGGGAGGCGGCUCUGGCCCCCGCGAUGCUUCAAGUGCAGGAGAGGAGAUGUUGAGCGCGGGCCACGAGGGCACUGAUGAGGAGGAGGAGAAGGAGCAGAAAACUUGCUCGAGCGUCAGUUCGCCUCAGAAAAACAGGCUCUCUGCGCCCUCCAAACUCAAGCCGGGGGUGAAGGGCUCCGCUGUGCGCGGCUCCGAUUCCCCGGAGGAGAACAGUACCGAUCUGGGCGACAGAUUAAUGGAUGCUGUCCGAAGUAUGUCCGAGAGACACCGGGGCUCCGCCGCAACACGGGGCCACGCACCGCCAGGGCUGAAAGAGAUACUCGACUACCUCUGCACACAGAAAGGCAUGCCCGGCGAGAAGCUGACCCGCAACCGCGUUAAAGUGGUGCUGGAGCGCGAGAUCGAGAGGGGUCGGCUGCGCAGGACCCGCCUCGGCCACAUCACUCUACCCGCGAGGGGGAUGGGGGCGGCCAAGCCGUCCGCGCGACUCCUGAAGAGCGCACUGCAGGACAGACAUCUCGCGAAAAAGGAAGAGCUGAAGGAUGAAGAUGGGAUGGAGGUGGAGAGUGAGGGAAACGGCACAGAGGAGCCGACAGCGGAGGAUCUCCCCGAAACCGUCCCUGAUGAAGAUCCCGUCAGUGUGAAAACAGGCACUGAGCCGCCGUCACCCGAGAUGGAGGCCGAGUCUGAUCAUGCCACCAGAUCGCCCAUGAUGACAUGUGAAGGGGAAUCCCAGACUUCAUCAUCUCUGCAGCUGUCAAACCACUGCUCCAUACUGCAGCAGGCAGACGUGGGCGAAAGUCAAGAGCAGACAAUGUGUGCUGAAGCUGAGGAUUCUGGGACAGAGAAACCCGCAGAUCCGUCUGAUCAGCGACAUCCCAGCGUGGAGGAUCAGAUGCUUGUUAUGUCAGAAACUGUAAAGCCGCCAUCAUCGAUUCCUAUAAGAAACUGCUGUAAGCUGGAGGUGGGAGUUUCCUCAUGUCUGCUGACUCCCUCUGCUUCUCCAGGAGCCGCUGAAGAACGAGGGAUGAAUGAAGGAAUAGGCUUUGUGAAGUCAGAGUCCAGUGUGGUGAGUCCAGUGGACUGGACAGUGGCAGACGUGGCCAGUUACUUCACUGCGGCUGGGUUUCCAGAGCAGGCGAUCGCCUUUAGGACGCAGGAGAUUGAUGGGAAGUCCCUUCUUCUAAUGCAGAGGAAUGAUGUGCUGACAGGCUUGUCAAUCAGACUUGGCCCCGCCCUCAAGAUCUACGAAAGACACGUGAAGGUUUUACAGAAAACACAUUUCCAAGAUGACGAAGCUUUCUGCUGAUAAAGUCACACACUCAUGUGUGCGUGUGUAUAAAUGUAUAAAUGUGUGUGCAUAUAUAUAACCGCAUUAAAAAACUGAACAAUAUUUACUUCACACACAUAGUCAUGCGUACAAUGUAUAUAUAUUUUCAAACCGUAAUCCCAUGGAUAUUGGAAUACAAAUAUUGUCUCUGCGAAAACUGACUGGAAUGAACAGAAUUAAGCUGAAAGAGGAGUAUAUGGGGACUAAGAAGACUGAAAAGAGAAAUAUAAUGUUGUUUUUUUGUGGAAAGACUGUUUUGUGCAGUUAAUGCUGCUCCAGUGGAUGCCACUGUUUGGGUCGUGGCCUUUGACCCUGAAUUCAUUUCAUGAAGUGGAUUUCUUCUGCAGAACCUCCACUAGAGGGCAGAAUUUCAUUGUCUAUGUAACCUCAAACAAAGACUGGAUGUGUUUCCACAGCGCACAGUGAUACUUAUUUGCUCAGAAACAGUCCGGCUACAGUUCUGGAGAUAUACAUUCUGAUUGGAAAUUUGUUCUCGGAUGAUGAACUUUUUCUUGUAAUGGUCUUCCUUCAGUGAUGGACUACAUGUCUUCUCUUUCUGAUCUGGAGCAUCUAAUGUUCUUCCCAGUGUUUUUUGCGUCUUGCUUCAUUACUUCAGAAAAGACGUUUGUGUAUGUUUAUGCAGACUUCCUGCACACAAUCGAUUGAUAUGUAGGAUCUCCCUUUAAAAGCGAGUGAAUUUGACUCUUUUAAUCUCGGAUUUGCCAGCCAUAUUGUGGCCCGCAUGUGGAAUAUCACCAUUGAUGACUGGGCAGACGUUUUGUAAAUAUAGAUUUGGAUCAAUAUAGAAGUCCAAGUUGCGAGGCAAUGGAGAUAUUCCUUCACCAGCAUUUGUAGAACGUGUCUGAAUGUCCUUAAAUGCACAACGUUUGUACUAUAUAUAUAUAUAUGUCAACCCAUUAGAAAUCACUGUAGUUGCAUAUCGUCGGGAACAAUUUGUGUAAAACAAUCAAAUGAUACUGGAAGUGUCCGUUUAACAAAAUACAAAGACUGACUUGUGAGGAAGGACGGGACAUGUUGAAAUGCUAAUGUUUGUUAAUCUGCCCUUUGGCUUUAGUGUUUUGCAUCGUUAAACUUAUUGCACAUGCAAAUGGAUCCAUCACGCCUGUAAAUGAAACUGUUACUGAUUCUGUGCAAUAGGUCAGUUUGAUUUCAGAGUUGAAUGUUUUGGCUGACAACUGUAGCACCUCCAAUUAAUUUAUUUCUUUGUAUGUUUGUUUAUAAAAUAUUAUCUUCAUUUUUUAUUAUAUGAUGACUCCCUGUCUAAAAUACACAGUUCUCUGACUGGUUCUUUUAUGGUCUGACAUUGUCUUAAAGGGCAUCUAUUAUGAAAACAAUCACUUUUAUAAGGGGUUUAAGCACAGUGGUGUGUCAGCAGUCUGUGAAUAUAGCCAGGCUCAAAUGGUGAAACUUUGUUCAUUUUAUUUUUUAUAAUCACUUAAUAAAUAGUCUGCAGAAACACUUCGAUUGACAUUAUGGGAAAACCCUGCACACUAGUGACCAUCUCUCCCUUAUUAGCAAAGGAAGUUAGUCUUGUUUUUGAACCUGCCAUUAUGCUUUAAUACACAGGCAUUUGUAGCUCCGCCUCCUUUAAAAAAAUUGUGCAAUCUCAUUUGAAUUUAAAGCAACAGUCACCAAAACAGGACAAUUAGGAUUAAAGAGGGUCAGUUUCUAAAAAUUAUACACUUUAUUUGUGUGGUAUUUUGAGCUAAAGCUUCACACACACUCUCUAGGGACAUCAAGGACUCAUUUUACAUCUUGUAAAAAGGAGCAUAAUAGGUCCCCUUUAAGACUACUUGCAAUAUCAAACGCUGGAGCUCAAUGUAGCUUAAUAAUAUCAUUUUUUUCUGUUAAGGCACUAUUACUGUUCUGACUUAUUAAUCAAAACAGAAUGUCAACAAAUCCUUACCAAUUAGUUUGUUUUUAGUGAAUCUGUCUAUAAAACACAUCAACAAAUGCCCCAAAACAUACCCAGCAAGCAUUUAUUUGAGUUUAAAAGAUGUGUAAAAAUGUCUAAACUUGGCUAAAACACUUUCUAAAAAAUGCUGGAUUGUCAUAACACAUGUUGGGUCAAAUCCAAAGCCCAGUUGUUGUCUUAGGUGUCAUUAAAUAAUAAUAAUAAUUCC